AUGACCAUUGCUGAUACACCCCUGCCAGUACGUUGCGCGGCCGAAUUCAUUGGAGCUUUCUUGCCAUUCCUCACUGUGGGAUUCAAUGUGCUUUCGGGGGCUGCGGUCCUCGGUGGUGUCUCCCUGGCCACAACAUUGACAGUCUUGACUUAUGCCCUUGCUGGAUUGUCUGGAGCUAACUUCUCUCCAGCAGUGACGCUGGCGUUGUACAUGAGCAAAAGAUUUGGCGGGCCAGGACUGGACACCUCUGUUGCCGUAACCUACGCGUUGGUCCAGCUCGGAGCUGGAAUUUGCUGCGGAUUCUGCUUUGUUAACAUUUUUGCAGAUUCCUUCAGGCUUGGGCCCGGAGCAGGUUUUAGUUGGAUGGAUGCCUGCUUCUGCGAAUUCAUGUACUCCCUUCUCGUAUGUUUUGUGGUCCUCAACACCACAGCAGCAAGAGCCUACAGCGCAGAGGGGAAUGAGUUCUACGGUGUGGCCAUUGGAGCCAUGGCUCUUGCGGCCUCCUAUGCGGCAGGGCCUGUUUCCGGUGGCCUCAUUAAUCCUGCCGUCACAAUCGGUGUGGAUCUUGCAGGAGCAGGCGUUGGGUUUGGAAAGUCGUUGGUGUACGCAGUCUUCCAGUUGCUGGGAGCAGCCAUGGCAUCGUUUCUCUUCAGACUGGUUCGACCUGCGGAUUUCGACGAACCAGAGACACUUCGGACAAGGUUGAUCAGCGAGAUCAUCGGGACGUUUGCCUUGGUGGUAACCGUUGGCCUGUCUGUGCUGGCAAAGACUCCAAUGGCAGUAGUCUCCAUCGGCGGGUGCCUCGCCAGCAUGGUGUAUGCAUUGGGAGAUGUGUCUGGAGCUCACUUCAACCCUGCGGUAACGGUGGCCGUUCUUUUGAGUGGCCACGACGCAGAGAUGACACCGAAACGGGCGGUUCACUACAUGCUUUCACAGCUGCUGAGCUGCAUCCUGGCAGGAUGGUGCUUCUGCCUUCUUUACAGUGGCAAUUCCUUUGUGUUGGGUCCUGGCCCAGGCUUCAGCCUUGCUGCAGCCGCUGUAGCCGAGAUGUUCUUUACGGCUCUUCUGGCCUUUGUGGUUCUUGGAGUAGCCGUGUCACCCAAAACGAAAGGGUCGCAGCUCUUUGGACUGGCUAUAGGCGGGGCCUGUGAGGGAUCCUUGAGCAUUCUGCUGGGCAAGGUCCUGGGUGGUGGAGUGUAUCGGAUGGACAUCUAUCAAGAUGGCAUUGCGCUAUUGCGGCAUUAUGAAGAGGCCGACCUUGAUCUGGUCCUCGAGAUGGGGAUGUCCCGUGACAUCCUGGAGCUCUUUGUCUCCAACAACCUCCCCUGCGCAGUCGUUGGGUGGCCAGGAACAGCCGCUCGCCUGGCAUUUACACCACCUCAGCCCCGCAGCUUCCCGUGGCCUUGUGCAGUUUCGCCUGUUGCAGUCACGAGCGGCAGAGUUUUGGUGCAAACACCACCUUCCUCCAGCACUGGUGAAGUUGAUUCCCCCGUGCCUGGCUGUUUGACACCGAGCCGGCAGGUUGUCUGCACAGUGGCACGGCAAAUUACGCCUUCGCCUGUUGGAGCUGUGAGCUUCGUUGCGCCGCGGGGGCCACUUGUCACACAGGGCGUGGGCAUGGCGUCAGCCGCAAGCACGCAGAGCCAGAGUCCAGGAUCGUCGAAGGCCAGGACUGAGGAGGUGCCAACAUUCGCACCGGCCUGGAAUAGAUCUCCGGGCAGUUCCUCUACACACAGCCCUGUGCAAGCACGCAACACUUCGGGCAUUGUUUCCCUUGAUGGAGGUAGCCAGCCACCACUGGAUACGGAGGUCUCGCACAGCAAGGUCUCGGAUGUUUUCCGAAACAAGAGGGCAAAGGAUGCUGUUGCAGCGCAAAGGCCAUCUCCCCUUCGCUCUCACAACCAGCAGGCGGAGAUGGAGCUGGAGAGCGAGGAGGCCAAAACCGAAAUGCGACCGCAUUUGUACCACAACUACCCGACUCUUGGUAUCUACACCGGAUGA